GAAAAGGCAAAAAAAAAAAAAAAUCAAAACAGUGAGGGUUUGCUUUCACUGCAAUUGGAGCUGGUUUGUUUGUGUACCGCCAUUAGCGUUGAAUCGAAGGUAUCAACAUGGCAUGGUUGCAGAGAAGCUUCAACAGAGGCGCAUUUCCUGUUUCAACUCAAUCACCAUUUUCUACCUGCUUCUCCCGAUUCUUCUCCAAAUCUUCAUCACCGUAUGUGGUGAAGGUUGGAAUACCGGAGUUUCUUAAUGGAAUAGGCAAAGGGGUUGAAUCCCAUGUUGCUAAACUUGAGACUGAAAUUGGUGAUUUUCAGAGUCUUCUUGUCACCCGCACUCUCAAGCUCAAGAAACUUGGUAUUCCUUGCAAACAUAGAAAGUUGAUUCUAAAGCACACUCACAAGUACAGGCUAGGAUUGUGGAGGCCACGUGCUGAAGCUAUCAAAUCCUGAGUAGUUUUCUGGAAGGCCUAUUGUGGUGAGACGCGACCGCAGAUGUUCAACUGCUUCAAAUAUUUUUCCAUGGAAGUAUCAAUUUUUUUUGUCUCCUGAUGCUGUUGACCUCUUCUCAUCUCAUCCAACUCAAACUAAGCUCAUGUGAUGCAAAUGGAGUUUCAUCGUUAUCAGAGAUUCUGGUGCAUUAUUUAUCCCAUACUAAACAAAUUGUAUGACUAUGAUAAACUAGUGGUUACUCUAAUGUUCAAAAGAACUAGUUUUCUUGGUAUGGUUGAGAUAAAAACUGGUAUUAAUUAUCAGUAUUUGUUAGCGAGUUUUCUAUUUUAUGUUGUUUGAGAAUUCAUCUACCUGGAUUAGAAAUCCAUUUGUACCUACCAGUGUUAUUUUCUUCAGCAGUCAA